AUGGCUGCUAAUAAUGUUCUUAAAUCAUCAUCGAAACAAAUGAGUGAUUCAUGGAUUGUUAUUGAUGAUCACGAAGAUUCGGACUUUGUUCUUAUUGAAAAAGAACAUCAACACUCAUCUCCACAAACUAAACGACCAUUAGGACAAAAUACUAAAACGUCAAAUAUAUCUCAACUUCCAUUAACAAAUAAUAAUAAACAAUCAAAUAAAAAACGUAAAUGGAAGGUGCUUUAUUCAUUACCAUCAACAAGUGUUCAGGGAAAUGUAAAUGCAGCAAAUCUUGAUUCAUAUGUUAUGGAUCAACAUGCACAAUUACUUGAUAAACAUGAUUUAUUUACUUGUCAACAACGUAUUAUUAAAGUCAAGUGA